AUGGCAUCGAGAAGCGAUACCAAUCACUCGGUACAAACGAUGGAGCGUGCUAUCCUCGUGGCCAUGGACUAUGGUACCACCUUCUCUGGCAUCAUGUGGGCACAGACUGCACGACCGGAUGUCAAGACGACCAUCGUGCAAUGGCCAGAUUCAGAUGGUUUACUGGAAGCGCGCACAAGCGACAAAGUUCCCACCGAAAUGAUUUACGACGAAGAUGAACUCAGAUGGGGGUUCAUGAUCAAAGAUGAUGAAGCUCGCCAUCAGUGGUUCAAACUCGACCUCGAUCCGACUCACGAAAACGAAGUGUCACGCCUGACCAUCAAUUUUCCCGAUCCAAAGGCACUUCCUCCCCUCUACGACGGUGCUUCUGGUGCUGUUAAACUGUCCACAGACUAUCUCAGUUGUUUGAGACAACAUACAGUCAAUAUCCUCAAGCUGAAGCUCGGCGAAGGGGUUGUCAACUCAACACCUAUUCGAUACAUCAUCACAGUACCAGCCAUCUGGAACGAUGCCGCCAAAGCUCGCACUCAGCAAUGUGGUAUCGAUGCUGGUAUGGGUCUUGAUAUUCGAAUCAUAUCAGAGCCCGAAGCUGCGGUCGUGCAUGCUCUCGAUGUCAUGGAUCCACACAAUCUCAACGUUGGCGACACCUUCGUUCUAUGUGAUGCUGGUGGAGGCACUGUGGAUCUGAUAUCAUACAGUGUGACUCGCCUUGAGCCCAAGCUGGAAAUUCGUGAGGCUGUUGCUGGUAGUGGAGAUGCAUGCGGGAGCAUUUUUCUCAAUCGCAUCUUCCGAAAAUAUCUGGUAUCCCAACUGGAGGAUGUUGAGGGAGUCGGUGAUGAUACCGUCGAAGACGCGAUGGCUGAUUUCGAGAGCUCAACCAAGCGCAAGUUCACAGGCGAAGAGAAAGAUGUGAUCAUUCGCGUUCCUGGGCUAGCAGACGAUGCCGCAAAGAGAAUCAAGCGUCAAAAAAUGACCAUCAACACCUCGGUUCUGAAGGCUCUCUUCGAACCUGUCAUUGCCAGCAUCACAACUUUGGUAAAGAAUCAGCUCAAACAAACUAAGAUGGCGAAGGCAGUGAUCUUGGUUGGGGGAUUCGGCCAGUCUCCUUAUCUCCGCAAAUGUAUUGAACAGAUUGUUGGCGAUGCAGUUGAGGUUCUGCAGCCACCCCAUGGCUGGACUGCUGUUGUACGAGGAGCACUCAUCAGAGCUUUGAACGAAGAUGUUCCUGGAAUUUCCAGAAUCACUCUUGCUUCUCGUAUCGCUCGCAAAGCAUAUGGAAUACGAAUUGCUUCGUCGUUCAUCGGAGGAGCCCAUGAAAGUCACAGAAAGUUUUGGAAUCCGUUCUGGGGAAGAUACGACGUUACAACUAUGAAAUGGUUUACUGAGCAGGGCGACGAAAUCGACCAAGAGAAACCUCUAGUGGCACACUUCCUAAGCACGCAACUAAUCUCAGGCGGGCCACUGAACGAGCAUUCCGUUAGGCUCUACAGCUUUUCAUCUCGCAGCAACGCCAAGGCCCCCCUCUACCCUUGCGGUGAUAUGAGUAGGCUGGUGAAACUGACCGCCAACUUGUCCAGCAUCUCUACCACGCUGAUCCCGACCAAAGUAGGUGCAGAUGGCCUGCCUUACUAUUAUCUGUCCUUUGAGAUCAAGGUCAAGUUCUUUUCCGCUCACACUGAGUAUUCUUUGUGGUACAAGAACAAGGAGUAUGGCAAGGUGAACUCUGAAUAUGCUUGA